AUGGCGCCAACAGCAACGUUUUCAACGCUUCCGCUGGGUCCGCUGGGCACGGUGGUGCUGUACUUGACGGUGGCCGACAUGGCGCAGUUGAUCGGGACGAACAAGGAGAUGAACACGAGCGCUCUCGACUCGCCCGAGUUCUGGCGGGAGCGUUGUUGCGGCACGUUCGGCCGUCACGUCGACUACAUCGAGUCCGUUGGCAAGAACGAAUUUCUAGCGUUCCACAUGGCAAAGGUGCUGAUGCUGCCAGGCGAGUCGAAAACCAACUCGCGGUUGCCGGGAACGGAAGCAUUCGAACGAUCCGUGUGGACGCGUCAGCUCCUGAGCUUUUCCGUGGGCGCGUCGAGCCAAGACAGAAACGACGAGGGUCCGUCUCACACGCUGUUCGAGUCGCGAUGUGCGAGGAUGCUCGAGGAUAUGCGGUGUGGGAAGAUGCCCCGAGAGGCGGUGGCUUCGAUCGGGAAGCGAUGCCAGAGCGAUUGUGGGUGCGUGUGGCUCGACAAGUGCUACUGGUCUAGCGAGCCUUCACCCACUGCAGACAAGGAAGAGUGGCUUGACUACGACAUGCAGGAGAACACGGUUGCGGUGGCUGUCUCGUUCAUGCUGACCCCGUACACGUCCUUCUGGCAGCCCGAACAGCCCACGUACAACCCAAUCGAGGCUUGCUUUCAGCUGAUGCACCCUCAAAUCGACGGGGGCAAGACGCCUUACUACGAGAGCCCUCGUUUCUUUGUGGACCCCCACAUGAAGCGCCAGCAGUUUAACUUGCCCCGGCCGAUCGUGAGUUUCGGCGGGCGGGUCAGGAUCCGCCUCUUGGGGAUGGCGCAAAGGCAAACCUUGCCGGAGAGCGUGGGUGCGACAGCCAACCACUACCACACCUGCAUCUCCUACGCGGCGCUUUGCGGGACCUUCCUCCUUUCUUGCUCCAUUGCCAACCACCCUGAUGGCCCGGCAAGCCGGAGCGCCAAGAUUCCCCCUGUUGCUACCAUUGGCAAAGGACGAGGAGGAGGAGGAGGAGGAGGAGGGGGCGAGGAUGUCGACCAGGGAGGAGGAGCCACCAGCCCUAUCAAUAGGAUUGAGAAGAACAAUGAUAAGUUGCGCAUGCGGUGGGCCGUGCUUGUGCACGUGUACCCGGCCAACAAGUCAGACAACGAGGCAGCCCUCGACAACAACGGAGAGAAAAAGCCUCUCAAGGUUAAGGUUUUCGGCGACACGCCCUGCCUUGAACUCCUUGAGCUCUACUCGAAGAUGUACUUUCCUGACGAAGAGCGUGCCCGGCUGGUGCUGGCGGGAGGGAUGGAGCUCCCCGCUGAAGAUGGCAAGCUCGUUGGAGAGUUCGCCGUCCACGGAAAGCUGUCCCUUGUAGACCCGUCCCGACAGUAGUGGGAUCGAAAGAAAAAAACGCUGCGAGGGCGUGGAGCUUUUCGCCGGAACGAUGUGCUGUCAGGGUCGAGUUACGGCCUGGCGUCGGCUAGUGCAUACCAUGCAUAUAUUAUGUAGUACAUAACCACACUAGUUUGGAUCGACUGAUUGCUGUCAAUACACGCUGUUGGUUGGUUGUUCCGUGCCUGCGACAAGGACGGUGUGCUGUGACGUCACUUACAAGUGGCUGUUGUUGUUUGUUUCUUCACUUGGUGCGCACGAGCAUGGUGGUUGUCUAUCGCCAGUGGCUGCUAGCUGUGCCUUAGAAGACGACUGCCCGGGUGGCUCGCAUAAUUGUUGUCGAUGGCAUCGAUUCUCCCUUGGGGACGUUGCCACUGCCAUCUAGUUUCGGUCCUAGACCUAGACUACGGCAUAGUACUCAUGGCAAGGCUGUAUCUCGCUGCUAUUCGGUGCUCGAGGUUGGUGGUCUGAACGACAGCGAGGGACUAGUGACAUGGCUUACAGCCCUGUUCAGUCCGUAAACUGCCAGCACCGGCCGUACUCGUAGAUUAGUGUUUGUGUAAUGAGGUGGCGAACCAUGGGCAGUUCUACCGUGAGGAGACGAGCUCUCGCUGUUGGAAAUGUUAAAUCUUGGGAGCCUUCCCUUCAUGUGAUGGGUGAUGGUGCGAGGCAACCAGUCUGCACUAGCACAUUUGAGAGCUUUGGCGGUGGGGUUAGAGGAAGCGGCGGCAACGACGUGCUGACUUGACGAUCACACCGAGCAAACAGCACGGACCUCUAUAAAGCGCCGGCGUACGUAGCGGUAGCCAAGGCCGGCUGCUAAUGGGAGGACGGGAGAAAAUCAUCGGCCUCUCUGUCACCAACGGUGCUAACGAUAGCGUAGCCGACCGAUUGAUUUGGUCCGUGACCUUUUUCGAACGUAUCAAGAUGAUUGUGAGCGGUGCUAGACGAACAUCGUGGGGGCCGGGGGCUGGGGGGGAGGAUCGCGGUGAUGCUUUCGGCAGAUAGAUAUCUAUCAGCGGUCAUCUGUGGUACUAAAUUAAUGCAGUAAUACUUGACGGGAAGGUAAUGUAAUAUUUCUGUGAUGGUGUGUAUAUUCGAAUAGAUUCACUGCAUAACUCUCUUCGCAAGUUUUAGGGGGCAUGGGAACGUGAGCAAGCCGUUGGGCUGAAUUUGCUGAGAAUACGCCAAGAAAACGUACGUAAAAUACUUCACAGAAGGUCAGUCGAGAGAGGGGGCGCCGCAUGUGUG